AGAAUGCACAAAGAGAAAGCGCCUGACCACAAUAUGUAGGCAAAACCGCAUGCCCUACAGCGUGCAUUAUUUUAGUAUAAGAAUUUAGUUUUUAAGCACUUACAUUUAAGCAUCUCUACUGACUGGUAGCACUUUAAUAUAGUCAUGUUGUAAAAUUUAUACUAGUUUCCAUUUUCCUCCUAAAGACCUAAACAUGGUCCUUAAGAUACGGAUGAAGGAUUCCAGCGACUAAAAUAACACGGUCAAGAGGAAUGUGGAAUUGUUGGAGAGUUACCUAACAAUUGGCAUCGGGUGGCACCAUCAUCGAACCAAAGAAGAGACAAAGGAUUGUCUAAAGUGGUCGAGAAUUAAAUAAUUACAAGACUUUAAUGAAGAAAAGUGGUAAUCCAGUGCUAAUUGUGUUUAUUAAAUCUAAUCCAGCACUCUAAAGGUAUAAAUUUAGCGUAAUUUAACUCUGUGACAAGGUUGACUACACUCGCUUCCCAAAAAUGGCUGAAGAUAAAGAGUUAAUCGCCAAGCGGGCCAGCUAUAAAGGUCGACUAACCAUGUUUGAAAAAUAUAUGGAUGAUUUGGACGUUGCUUCAUUAACAUCGGCUGAGGUAAAUGAAUUGCAAUUACGUAUGGCUAAAAUUGAAUCAUUGUAUGGUCAUUACGACGAGGUUCAAUUAAAACUUGAGUGCAGCUCAAACAACUCCGAGGCUCAGUUAAAUGAGCGGGCAGAGUUUGAAAGUAGGUAUUUUAAAUUACUUUCCCAUGCGCAAGAUAUACUAGCCAAACAUACAAAAAAUCAAGAAUCGGAUUUUAAUUCGGCCGCAAGUGAGCAGUCAUCACGUAAGGGAAAUAAUAAGCUUGUUCGGUUACCGACAAUUCAAUUGCCAAAAUACAAUGGCUCAUAUGAGAAUUGGUUAGGUUUUCGCGACACCUUUACUAGCCUGAUACACUCUAACGACAAUAUAGACGAUAUAAAUAAAUUCCAUUACCUUAGGACUUCCCUGGAGGCUUCCGCCGCAGUCGUCAUACAGUCGGUGGAAUUCUCGUCAGACAACUAUGCCCUGGCAUGGCAGCUUCUAUGUGAUCGUUUCAACAACAAGCGUCAGUUGCUGCAAAAUCAUGUAUCAGCAUUGUUCAACAUUGAACCGAUCACACGAGAAUCUUCUAGUCACAUUAAGAGGGUCAUAGAUCAGGUUAACAAGAACCUGCGUUCUCUAGAAACACUAGGCGAGCCAGUUAAAGAAUGGUCUACACUUCUCAUACACAUAAUUUCACAGAAGUUAGAUUCAAAGUCAUUUCGCGAGUGGGAGGAGUUCAAGGGUGGUUUAGACAAAAAUAAAACUGUUACUUUCGAGGAGUUUCGAACUUUCUUACAAAACCGUGCUGAUUUACUCGAAACACUCGAACUAUCGUCUAAUCAGUCACUUCACAACACUAAAGGUGUAACUAAAAUUAAAACUAUGAUAGCAGUGCAGGAAAAAGUAGGUAAUAACAUCAACAAAACUCAGCCGCCAGCGAUUAAGCCGUGUCCGAGUUGUAAGGGCGAUCAUUGUUUAUCAAACUGUGCGCAAUUCCUCGCGUUAAGUAAUACAGCCCGAUUACAAUUAUUACCUACUUAUAAGGUUUGUUUUAACUGCUUUAGAGGUGGUCAUUAUGCCAAUCACUGUAAGAAACCUGGUUGCAAAAUAUGUAAACGUAAACACCAUACGUUAAUUCACGUAUCGGAAGGCAUACAUAAUCGAUCGACAUUAAAUAGCGAUAAUUGCACGGGCGUUAUCAGCGGGGUCGACAAACAGACUGCGCCCGCGCUUCCAGUCCCCUCCAGCGCCGAGCCGGCCCAGGUUGCAUUGUCAGCGAAUGUUUCCCCGAGUACUUCUUCCUCAUACUGACAUAAGGCACAAGACGUACUGCUAUCUACUGCACUUGUAAAAAUAUAUGAUUCAAAUAAGCAAGAGCACAUCGCUCGCUGUGUUCUAGACAAUGGCAGUAUGUCUUGUCUCAUGUCUCAAAAAAUGUACAAUAGGUUAAACCUGGCAACCGAUUUUGUAAAUAAAAGUCUAACAGGUGUAAAUAAAAAGUCAACGCCUAUAAAUGAAAUAUGUCGAGUCGAAAUUAAGUCACUUAAUGAGAAGUUUGCAACAGACUUACAUUGUUACAUUUUGCCUUCUAUUACGGACGAAAUUCCCCCUAAUCGUAUUGACCUAUCGAAAUUAAAAAUCCCAUCAAACAUAUGUUUAGCGGACCCAUAUUUUUAUAAGCCGUCUGAUGUAGAUAUGAUAAUUGGGGCCGAAUUAUUUUGGGAUUUAUUAGGGUGCAAAAAUAUUAAAUUAGGUCACGGAUUGCCCAUACUAUGGGAAACUCAACUCGGCUGGUUGGUUUCCGGUCCUAUUUUUAGGCAACCAAGUAGGCAAUCAUCAUCAUCAUCAUCUGUCACGUGUAAUUUUUUGACUGUUGAUUCAGGCAGUGCUCGUUCAACCGUUGAUGACGACAUACAAAACCAAUUAGCGCGUUUUUGGCAACUGGAGGAAGUUUGCCAUCAGUCGUCUCAAUAUUCUCCCGAAGAGAAAUUAUGUGAAGAGCAUUUUCAGGCUAACACUACACGUUUGAAGGACGGAAGUUUUUGUGUUAGAUUGCCGUUAAAGCAAAGUCCUAAAUUAUUAGGCGACUCUUUUCAAAGAGCUAAACAUUGCUUUUUAUCAUUAGAGCGAAGGUGGAAAAAUAGACCAUCAUUUAGGAAGCUAUACAUCGACUUCAUGUCAGAGUAUCACGCUUUAGGUCAUAUGUCUGAGUACGUACCUACCGAUUCGAAUACAGGUACCUACUUCAUCCCACACCACGGAAUUUUAAGGGACAGUACCACUACGAAGCUGCGAGCUGUGUUCAACGCUAGUAGCCCCACUACUUCCGGUGUUUCGCUGAACGAUUUGCAAAUGGUAGGACCUACUGUCCAAAAUGAUCUGCUAUCCAUACUCUUACGGUUGAGGCAGCAUCGAUAUGUAAUAUCUGCGGAUAUUGAAAAAAUGUACAGAACCGUAUUCGUUCAUCCUGACGAUCGAAAAUUACAGCUCAUCUUAUGGCGCGAAAAUGAGUCUGAAGUUUUAAAGACGUAUCAGCUCAAUACCGUAACUUAUGGGACGGCUAGCGCACCAUUUUUAGCAUGUCGAUGUCUGAAACAGAUAGGUUUAGACUGCCAAGAUAAACCAUUGUCUGAAAUUAUAAUUAACGAUUUUUAUGUUGAUGAUUUACUGACCGGGGGUGAUGAUUUCGACGAGGUAGUUAGACUUCGGAAAGGUGUCACUGAUGCCUUAGCUGCCGCACGCAUGCAUUUAAGAAAGUGGAAAGCUAACGACCCACGAUUAAUUGACCGUU